AUCAGACGGCUUAGAAUGUCUCUAUUUGAUGAUGAUGAUGGCGAAAACAGUAUCAACGGCAAACAAGGCAAGACAGUGAAAGAUGUUACUAAGCUUUGCCCACUUCAGAGACAAGUGUUCAUGGAGAAACUCAUCAACCACGUUGAAGUAGAUAAUGGUCGAUUGUUGCUUAAGAUGAGAGAACGCAUGGACAAGGUUGGUGUGAAAUUGCCUACCGUGGAGGUCAGAUUCAUGAACCUGUGUGUGGAAGCACAAUGCCAAGUGGUACAUGGCAAGCCUCUUCCCACUUUAUGGAACUCUCUGAAGAGCAUCUUUUCUAUCUUUGUCAAAGUUCCUUUCUGCAAACCAGAGGAAGCAAAAAUUAGUAUCACAAAAGGAGCCAGUGGGAUAAUCAAACCUUCAAGGAUGACCCUGUUGCUUGGCCCUCCAGGGUGUGGGAAAACCACUUUACUAAAGGCCCUUGCAGGAAAACUAGACAAAUCUCUGAAGGUCACUGGUGAAAUUUCUUACAAUGGAUGCAGGCCGGAUAAUAAUCUUACGACUCAGAAAACAACAGCUUACAUAAGCCAAUAUGACCUGCUUAUUCCUGAGAUGACAGUACGGGAAACAAUUGAUUUCUCUGCUCGUUGCCAAGGUGUCGAAAGCAGGACAGGAAUCAUGGUGGAAAUCAGUCAAAGGGAGAAGCAUGCAGGAAUUAUUCCUGAUCCAGACAUAGAUACAUACAUGAAGGCGAUAUCAAUCAGUGGGCUAGAGAAAAACCUUCAAACUGAUUACACUCUGAAGAUCCUUGGACUGGAUAUUUGUGCUGAUACACUUGUAGGUGAUGUCAUGAGACGAGGCAUAUCGGGUGGUCAGAAGAGAAGGCUGGCAACCGGAGAGAUGAUUGUCAGUCCAAAAAGAGCAUUUUUUAUGGAUGAAAUCUCAAAUGGCUUGGAUAGCUCCACUACCUUUCAAAUUGUAACUUGUCUUCAGCAAUUAGUGCACGUCACAGAUGUUACUGCAUUGAUCUCACUUCUUCAGCCAGCACCAGAAACCUUUGAUCUCUUUGAUGACAUUAUCUUAUUUGCGGAAGGAAAAAUAGUAUACCAUGGCCCUCGAGCCGAUAUUCUAAAGUUUUUUGAGGAUUGCGGUUUCAGGUGCCCAGAAAGAAAGGGUGUUGCUGAAUUUCUUCAAGAGGUAAUCUCCAUUAAGGACCAGGAACAUUAUUGGUACAGUAUUGAGUUGCCUUAUAGAUAUAUUACAGUGGAUGAAUUCUCUGAAAAAUUUAAGGCAUCUCAUAUUGGACAAAGGCUAGAUGAGGAACUUUCAAAGACAUUUGACAAUUUCCAGUCCCAGCAGAUUUUCCUUUCCCCUAGCAAUGACAGCAAAUACUCUGUGACCAGAUGGGAGUUGUUCAAAGCUUGCAUUGACAGAGAAGUUCUACUUAUGAGACGAAAUUCAUCUGUUCACGUAUUCAAAUUAGCACAGCUCGUGAUUGUUGCACUCAUAACAAUGACAGUAUAUCUGCGUACCAGGAUGGAUGUGGACUUGAAGCAUUCAAAUUAUUUUAUGGGCUCUUUGUUUUAUGGGAUUAUCAGAAUCCUGACCAAUGGAGUUGAAGAAUUGUUUAUGACUGUCUCUAGACUUGCGGUUUUUUACAAACAGAGGGAUUUUAACUUCUAUCCUGCAUGGGCUUAUGCAAUUCCAGCUUCUCUACUGAAGAUCCCCUUUUCCCUGGUGGAGUCCUUUACUUGGACAGCUCUUACAUACUAUGUCAUAGGAUAUAGCCCAGAAGUAGAAAGGUUUUUGUGCCAAUUCCUUCUGUUUUUCGCUCUACAUCAAGCAUCAAUAGCCCUCUUUCGUUUCCUUGCAUCAAUUUGUCAAACUGAGAUGGCUGCAAUAUUUAGCUGUAACAUCUCCAUACUUUUUAUGCUGUUGCUUGGCGGAUUCAUUAUUCCACAAUCUUCUUUGCCACCUUGGUUGUGGUGGGGUUUUUGGACUUGUCCAUUGUCAUAUGCAGAAAUAGGAGUGUCCAUAAACGAAUUCCUAGCUCCAAGAUGGGAAAAGGUCACAUCAGGAAACUUGACUGUUGGACAAGAAACUCUGUCACGCCAUGGGGUGAACUUUAAAGCUUACUUCUAUUGGAUAUCACUGGGUGCACUGUUUGGAUUCGCAAUAGUUUUCAAUAUUGGAUUUACCUUAGCUUUGACAUACCUUAAGUCUCCAGCAACAUCCCGGGCAAUUAUUUCUUAUGAAAAACUCUGCCAGCUGCAACAAGAUGAAGAUUGCAAAGAUGAGACACACAAGGAUAAAGAACCACCUUCAAAAACUGAAGAUGCAGCAAGGAUGGUCUUACCCUUCGAGCCUAUGACAUUAACAUUUGAACGUGUUCAGUAUUUUGUUGAUACUCCACUGGAAAUGAGAAGACAAGGAUUCACAGAUAGAAGACUCCAGCUUCUUCAUGACAUGACAGGAGCAUUCAGGCCAGGAAUUCUUACAGCUUUGAUGGGUGUAAGCGGAGCUGGAAAAACAACUCUCAUGGAUGUACUUGCUGGAAGGAAAAUUAGUGGUUCUACAGAAGGAGAUAUCAGAAUUGGAGGAUUUCCCAAGGUCCAAGAAACAUUUGCUAGGAUAUCAGGGUACUGCGAGCAGACUGAUAUUCAUUCUCCCCAAAUUACUGUAGAGGAAUCUGUGAUAUUCUCAGCUUGGUUGCGGCUACCCCCUCAAAUUGAUACACAAAUAAGAACUGAAUUCAUAAUGGAUGUACUUGGAAGAGUUGAACUUGAUGCAAUUAAAGACGCUUUAGUCGGCAUCCCUGGCAUAAGUGGUCUAUCAAAUGAGCAACGGAAGCGACUAACCAUAGCAGUGGAGCUUAUUUCUAAUCCUUCAGUCAUAUUUAUGGAUGAACCCACAUCAGGUUUGGAUGCUAGAGCAGCUGCAAUUGUUAUGCGUGCGGUGAAAAAUGUAGUUGACACAGGAAGAACAGUUGUGUGCACCAUCCACCAGCCAAGCAUUGAUAUAUUUGAGGCAUUUGAUGAGUUGAUUCUAAUGAAGAAGGGAGGACAGAUUAUUUAUUCAGGACCGUUGGGUCAGCAUUCAAGUAAUCUUAUUGAUUAUUUUGAGGGAAUUCCUGGCAUCCCAAAGAUUAAAAAAAACUAUAAUCCAGCAACAUGGAUGCUAGACAUCACCACAGAAUCUGUAGAGGCACAAAUUGGUGUAAAUUUUGCCCAAGUUUAUAAGGAGUCUCAGCAGUAUAGAGAAAACACAGAACUUAUUAAGCAACUAAGAAAGCCACCAGCAGGCACAAGAAAAAUGCAUUUUCCAACUCGUUUCGCGCGCAACUCAUGGGAGCAAUAUAAAGCAUGCCUCUGGAAACAAAAUUUAUCAUAUUGGAGAAGUCCAGCAUACAACUUCACACGCUUCAGCUUUAUGAUCAUUUCAUCAGUGUUCCUGGGAGUACUUAUGUGGCAGAAAGGGAUGAAAAUACAUGAUGAGCAGGGCAUGCUCAACAUAAUAUCAUCAUUGUCCAUGGUAUUGCAAUUGUUAGGCACGAGCAAUUGUUCAUCAGUCAUACCAGUUGUGUCAAGGGAACAAUCUGUCCUGUACCGUGAGAAGUUUUCUGGAAUGUACUCAUCAUGGGCCUACUCAUUUGCACAAGUGACCAUUGAAUUUCCUUACAUAUUAGUACAAGCAGUUCUAUUUGUGAUCAUUACCUAUCCUGCAAUAGGGUUCUACUGGUCAGUGGACAAGGUAGUCCGGUACUUCUAUGCAACAUUUUGCACACUGCUCUACUACACUUACCUCGGAAUGCUUGUUGUGUCACUAAGCCCAAAUGCAAAGGUAGCUUCCAUAUUGGCAACAGCAAGCUACACCAUUCUUAAUCUAUUCUCAGGAUUCCUAAUACCAGAACCGGCUCUUCCUAAGUGGUGGGUGUGGUGCUACUGGAUUUCACCAACAUCAUGGUCCCUAAAUGCUAUCAUUACAUCACAAUAUGGGAACAUAAGACAAGAAAUAACAGCAUUUGGAGAAAGAAAAGCAAUCAAUUCCUUCUUACAAGACUAUUUUGGAUAUUACCAAGAUAGAUUAGGUGUUGUGACUGUCAUUCUCACCAUCUUCCCUCUUUUAUUUGCUUCUCUUUUUGCAUAUUCUGUCGGGAAACUAAAUUUUCAAAGGAGGUAAAAAAAGAAGAAAAAGAACAGAGAGAUUGUCAUUGUUGUCUAGUCAUAAGAACUAAUACAAUGACCAUUUGAAAUAUCUG